AUGACUGCCACUACCCUUUACGAGCUGUCCGUCAACGACAAGCGCAACCAGCCCUACGACCUCGCCGCCCUCAAGGGCAAGGUCGUCGUCGUCGUCAACGUGGCCUCCAAGUGCGGUUUCACACCCCAGUACAAGGGUCUCGAAGCCCUCUACCAGAAGUACAAGGACCAAGGCCUCGUCAUCCUCGGUUUCCCCUGCGACCAGUUUGGCGGCCAAGCGCCCGGCUCCGCUGAGGAGGAGGCGUCCACCUGCCAACUCAACUUUGGGGUCACCUUCCCUAUCCUCGAGAAGAUCGAGGUCAACGGCGACAACGCGCACCCCGUCUACGUGUGGCUCAAGAGCCAGAAGAGCGGUCUGUUGGGCUUGAAGAGGAUCAAGUGGAACUUCGAGAAGUUUGUGGUCGACAAGGAGGGACGAGUCGUCGAACGUUACGCUUCCACCACCGAGCCCGCCUCUCUCGAGAAGACCAUCGAGAAGCUCCUCGCUUAA